ACUGACCCAAACUUUCCACUUCUUUUCUCUUCUUUCUCUUUUUCCUAUCAUCCACCACCAUCCAAUCCAGCCCAGACCGGCCGGUCCCCAACCCGACAGUCCAAACCGUCGUCUGCAAAACACAUACUACCCGCCACCAAUCUCAACCGCAAGCCCACAAACAAACCAUGAACAACGACGACCUAAUAAAAUAUGCCUCCGACGCCGCCUCGCGCGGCGACGACCUCUUCGCCCUCCUCACCUCCGAGUCCAUUCCAAUCGACGCCACCUCCACCGAAGCCGACCUCCGGCGCGCCUUCCGUCGCAAAGCCCUGACCGCGCACCCUGACAAAGCCGGUGACGCCUACGACCCAUUGCUCUACGAACGGCUCGAGCGCGCGCGCGAUGUGCUUAUCCACGCCGAGGCGCGCGCCGCCUACGACAAUGGCAUGCGCGCCAUCCUGCAGAAGAAGGCGACGCUGGACGCCAUGUCGGCGCGUCGGAGAAAGCUUGUAGAAGAGCUGCAUCAGCGCGAAGAGGCGGCGAAACGACAAAAGGUGGAUGAGGAGAAGGGAAAACAAGCAGUGGCGGCGGAGGUGGAGGCCAUGGCGAGGAAGGGAAGGGCCAAGUUGGAGGAGAGGAGGAGGUUGAUGAGGGAGGCGGAAGAGAGGGAGCGUGCUGCCGAGGCUGCUGAGGCUGCCGAGAAGGAACGACAAAAGAAGAAAGAGGAGGAUGUGAAGAUGGGUGGGACCGGUGCUGGUAGCGAACAACCUCCAGCAGCUGACGGCGUCAACGUCAACGUCAACGUCAAUGGAGGCGGAGUUGAUUACGACUCCAAGAUUGCCGAGCUAGAACGCAAGCUCGAAGAAAAGCGCCAACGGAAAGCAGAAAAGGAGAGGAAAAAGGCAGACAAGAAAGCGGGCUCGGGCAGGGACAAGGACAAGGACAAGGACAAGGACAAUCAAGACAAACCCCCCUCCACCUCCAACACGACACGAGCAGAAGAGUCAAAGGCUGACGAAAACAAGGCAGCCCAACCACCACCACCACCACAGCCAGCACCAGCGCCGACGAAGGAACCAGCUGCUCCUGCUACGGGCGAGCCUGUGAAGCCAACAGCAGUCGGUGGUGGUGGCUUCGCGGCUACCAUGGCAAGGCUGAAAGCCGCUCAGGCGAAGCGGGAUGCAGAACGGAGAAAUCGAGAGGAGGCUGAAGCUGCGGUAGCGCAAGCUCAGUCGUCAUAGUUUCUUCUGCUCUUGUCCGGUCAGCCCGUUGUCCUGGUCAUUACGUCCCAUCUCGUCGCGUUUCCGGUCCUGUCACUGUUCCUUUGCACAUCAUGAUACCCAACUUUUCCAUCGCCCAUAGAGUAGUCAUAUGAGUUUACUCUCAACUUUGCCAUUAAAAAUAAAAGUUUAGGCUCACACCCGAUUUUUUUCC